ACUCGAGCAGUUUGUACUUGGCUUUCGAAGUGUACGCUGACAUGACCGCCACUGGGCUAGUUUUCCUGCUGCUCCUCCUUCUGGGAGUAACCACAGCCAGCGAUAAUACCAAGGAACGCAUUGUGGGCGGAACUGAGCAGGCCAUCCGCAAUGCGCCCUGGCAGGUGUCCAUACAGAUAAGUGCGCGGCACGAAUGCGGUGGCGUCAUCUAUGGCCAGGAGAUCAUCAUCACGGCGGGUCACUGCGUGCACGGAAAGUCUGUUACUCUGAUGAAGGUGCGUGUGGGUGCCGACCACCACAACUACGGCGGAACUUUGGUCCCUGUGUCGGCAUACAAGGUCCACGAGCAGUUUGACUCAAAGUAUCUCCACUACGAUAUUGCCGUGCUGCGUCUGUCCAAACCUCUUAGCUUCGGCCUCUCCAUAAAAGCUAUCAAUUUGGCCAGAGUGAGUCCCGCGGGCGGAACGAAUGCCACCGUCAGCGGUUGGGGCUACACAGCGCAUGGGGAUAGCUAUGCCGGCAGCCUCCAGACGGUCCAGCUGCAGAUCAUUGAGCGCGAACAGUGCGCCUCCAGCAGCUACGGAUACGGCUGGGACUAUGUUGGGGAGGAAACGAUCUGCGCCGCCUACAAUGAGCGGGAUGCCUGCACGGGAGACUCUGGUGGUCCACUGGUGGCGAACCAUUUGCUGGUGGGCAUCGUCUCCUGGGGAUACCAGUGUGCGGUCGACAACUACCCGGGUGUCUAUGCAGAUGUGGCCGUACUAAGAUCUUGGAUAGUUAAGGCUGCAAAUGCAAUUUAAAUAGUUUUGGCAAAAU